CAUGGCACGUUAGCUUGAGUGUGAGCAGACACAGUUGAAAGUGCAGCGUGGGUUUCCUUCACGUUCAACAGUUGAAUAUUACUCACACACAGCCAUGUUUUGUUUGGCUGGACUCUGACUGAUGCCCGUCUGUCUCCAUGUCAUUGCAGGACACAUGUACGACGAGAGUUGAGGAAUCACACCGCGCCGUUCGGGGCCUGGAACAGACCUGCUAACUAGCUAGCUAGCUAGCUCGCCUGGGCUAGCGUUGAGCUAACUUAAGCUAACGCUGCUUGUGACGCCCCCGGGCCUGAUCAAAUCACCAUUGAAAGUGAGAAGCUCGGCGAGUGUCGUUCUCCCGGUGGCUGCAUCUAAAAUGAUCAUUGAAAACCUCGAUGCCUUGAAAACAUGGCUGUCGGAGACCCUUGAGCCCAUCUGUGAUGCAGAUCCCUCCGCCCUCGCUAAGUAUGUGGUUGCCCUGGUAAAGAAGGAUAAGAGUGAGAAGGAGCUCAAAGCCCUGUGCAUCGACCAGUUGGAUGUAUUUCUUCAGAAAGAGACGCAGCUUUUUGUGGACAAGCUGUUUGAAGCCGUGAACGACAAAAGCUACCUCCCACCGCCAGAGCAUCCAUCCUCUCUGGGCAAAGUCGAGAAAGACGAGCAGAAAAAAGAUGAGAUAAAUCGGGAUGAAGAACGGGAGAAGAAGUUUUCUCGGCGGGUGAAUCACAGCCCUCCACAAUCGACCUCUCGCUACAACAGAGACAGCAGGAGAGUCGAUGACCGCAAGAGGGACGAUCGCUCCAGGAAGAGAGAGUACGACCGCAUCCCGCCCAGGAGGGACUCGUACCGCGAACGCUACAACCGCAGGAGAGGCCGCAGUCGCAGCUUCAGUCGUAGCCGCAGCCGGGAUCGGGACAGAGAAAGGGACCGGGACAGAGACCGGGACCGAGAGAGGGAUCGGGAACGCAGCAGGAGCCGGUCCAACAGCAGAACCAGGUCUCGAAGCAGGAGUCGAGAGCGAGAUCCUGCAAAAAUGAAAUUCGAUCACGACCGCGUGGAGAGGCCAGAGAGCGGUGACGGCUACGCUGCAGCCUCCCAGGUCUCCACUGCAACCACGACCCACUUCCCUGUGCCGUCACUGAGCAGCACCAUCACAGUCAUCGCCCCCACGCACCAUCACAGCAACAACAGCAGUGAGAGCUGGACCGACUUCUGCCCGGACCUCCCUGUGGAGCGUGUCCCUUUCGGCCGGGGGCCACCUCCUCCUCCUACACAGAGGAAUCGAUGCCGUGACUAUGAUGAAAAGGGCUUCUGCAUGCGUGGGGACAUGUGUCCUUUUGACCAUGGCAGUGACCCAGUCAUUGUGGAAGAUGUCAAUUUGCCCAAUAUGCUGCCUUUCCAACCUCCGCCAAUCUCUGGUGUGGAUGGCCCACCGCCACCCGGGCUCCCACCACCACCUCUCAUGAACCCCCCUCCUGUGAACCUGCGGCCCCCUGGGCCCCCACCGGGUGUCCUUCCACCCAGCCUUCCACCUGUUGCAGGUCCGCCUCCUCCACUUCCUCCGAUGCAACCAUCAGGAAUGGCUGCUCCUCCCAAUUCCAUCACAAGCUCUGUUCCCACCAUCGUCACUUCUGGGAUGCGACCCUCACUUCCUCAGCCUCCAGGGCCGCUCUUCAACGCCGACAACUAUGAGACAGAUGUGUACAAUCCUGAAGCUCCCAGCAUCACCAACACCUCCAGACCAAUCUACCGCCACAGGGUCAAUGCCCAGAGACCCAACCUGAUUGGCCUCACAAUGGGGGAGGUGGACCAGCCAAAGAGAGACAAGAUUCCUAACAACUGUAUGCGGAUUGUAAUGGAAUCUGAUCCAAGAAAGAGACCAGCGGUUUCUCACGAUGGAGGCCUCCUCUCAAAGACACCUUGGUUUGACAAACCCAACUUUAACAAUCCCAACCACCAGGGCUACCACAAAAGACCUCCCUUCUCUACCAACACCAAGCUGCUGGUUCGGCAAAUUCCCCCUGACCUCAACAACAUCAGCAAACUCAAUGGACAUUUCAGCAAGUUUGGCACCAUCGUCAACCUGCAGGUGGCCUACCAGAACGACCCAGAGGGGGCACUGAUCCAGUUUGCGUCUCCAGAUGAGACCAAGCGAGCUAUGCAAAGCACAGAGGCUGUUCUCAGCAACCGCUUCAUCAGGGUGCACUGGUUCCGUGAGGAUGGGAAUGAUGUUCAUGGCCAGUCUCACCCACAGCAGCAGCAGCAUCAGCCACAGACCCAACCAGACCUGCAGCCUUCAGCUACCUCUCUGAAGCAGUCAGUCAAAGAUCGCCUUGGACCAAUGCUCCCAGCAAACUCUGAUCCCUCCCAGGACUCCAGUGCAGCCGCUCAGAAUCCCUCUAAAGUGUCAGUGAAGGAACGUUUGGGCUUUUCCUCACAACCAGCAGAUCCUGUCGAAAAAGUGUUCUCUACGUCCAUGGGUCUCACAAAAACAGUUUACAACCCUGUUGCCCUGAAGGCAGCCCAGAAAACCUCAGAGGAAACCCUGAAGAAGAAAAAGGAAGCUCUUAGACUACAGCAGGACGUACGGAAGAAGAAGCAUGAAAUAUUGGAGAAGCACAUUGAGACACAAAAGCUCCUGAUAUCCAAAAUAGAGAAGAACAAAGCAAUGAAGGCCGAGGACAAAGCCAUGAUCAUGGCAACUCUGGGCACGUUAACCAAGAGCAUCACCAAACUGCAGGAGGAGAUAAAGGGAAUCAACCCACAACGCCUCAACAAGAGCAAGGCUCAGGCACAGAAGGAACUGCUGGAUGCGGAGCUGGACCUCUUCAAGAAGACUCAGGCAGGAGAGGACACUGCAUUACUGAAGAUCAAGUAUACCCAGCUUCAAAUUGAGGCCGCUAAAAGAGGACUCCUGUCUCCAGGGCGAGGCCGGGGGGUCCACAGUCGUGGCCGCGGGGCUCACAGGUCCAGGGGGAGGGGCCCCAGAGGUCGGGGAAGAGGUGUGCACGCAUGCGUGGACCAUCGACCACGAGUGCUGGAGAUCUCGGGUUUCACCGAGGCCGACUGCGUAGACCUGCUGCCGCACUUCGCUCAAUUUGGAGAGAUUGAAGACGGCCGGAUAAAUGAAAACAACCAGUCGGCGGUCAUCUCUUUCAAGACCAGAGCAGAGGCCGAGCAGGCGGCUCUUCAUGGAGUGAGGUUCAACAACCAGACUCUACGCCUGUCGUGGCACAAGCCGGCCAUUUCUCGCAGUACUGCAGAUGCUGAUGGGGCAGAACCGGAUGAGGAUGAGUUCCCGGAAGAGUCCCUGAGUGAUGAAGACCUGCUGCAGGACGACGAUGAGGAAGAGGACGACAACGAGCCGCGCUCCUGGCGCAGAUGAAGACCAGUCACAUGCUCGUCUCUGGGCGCACGGGUGCGGAAAAGGAGCAACAAUCCAGCAACUGUAUUCGAUUUCAAUGCCUGUGAAGAAGUCAUGUUUAUUUUUUUUCUCACAAAAAUGUAACUAGCAAAAGAACAUUGUGAGUUUGAUUAAUUUUAAUGUGUGUAUCAGAUGCAGCAAUGGUGAAUUUUUUAAUGCUCUUAAUAUACAACUAGAACUUUUUUUUGUUUUGAUUGAGUUAUUUUGUUUCACAGAACACAUCCUUUGUCUGGACAUGUGACACCUGAUCCAAUUAAGACACAUUUGUUAAACCUACGUUGUAACUUCACAGCAUCACAGGCGUAGCUCCUGCUGAAUAGUAUUAGGUUGACUCAGAAUGCUCAUGUGUAAAUAUUUUAUGUCAGGGUUUAAAUGAUUUGUAUGAACGCUUGGCUUCUCAGUUCUUUGCUUUACUUUGAAUUGUACAAAAAAUAAAGAAUUGAAAUGGUCUGAAAACAAACUGCAGAAAACAAAAAAGAAAAACGAGAAAAAAAAAUAAAAAAAACAAACAAACGUUGCAGUUAAAAAAAAAAAACUACUCGAGUUGAAAAAGACCAUUUCAAAAAACAAAAAAACUUCCUCUUCCCCAAAAGAGCAAACAAUCCUAAAAAAAAUCCUAUCAACAUUUUCAUAAUGUUGGGUCGGUAAGGUCACUGAAUAUUCAGCCCUGAUUUUAACCUCCAAGGUAAGAACAUGACGUCUGUGAAUGUUUGAUUUGCAAACAGCAGAACUGUAUUUAACCUUUAACAUUUAUAAUCCAGAUCUCAAUAAAACAAUAACACCUUUUUCUUUUUGUUGCAGGACGUGUUGGCAGUUUCCAGCCACAGGUCUUCCUCCAUGAGGCUCCAACAUUUUACAAUGUAAACUUAUUGUAAACUAAAAACUGCUGUAUUAAAAUACUGUAUUUAUAAACA